AUUUGGCUCCACCUCUUUCCCUAGCACUGUCAAGACGGUGAAAAAGAGUAAGGUUAACACAGCCACGUCUUCCUUGUCCCAACCGGGCGUGGGGGCGGGGAUUAUUUGCCACCUCCCUCCCACUUCCCGCCCAGAGUUUGGAGCUACGUAGCGCAACUUCAUUGAGCAAACGGAGCUGCUAGAAAGGAGGGACUGACACCUCUCGGCCUCCUUUCGGACUAAGGUUUUCAUACACACAUACACGCACACCGGCCUUCGCCAUGAUCCCGCUCCGCAAUCUGCUCCUACUCGUCCUCCUGGCCUUCCCGGUCACUCUCAUCGGCAACAGCAAAGGUCCUCUGGUUGCUGCCCAAGAUGCAACAGAAGAUGAAGAAGCAAUUGAUGAUUCUGUAGUAGAAGAUGAUGAUGAUGAAGCUGAAGUCGAGGAAGAUGAUACAACAGACCUGACAGAAGAAAAGGAGGAAGAAGAAGACUUGAGUUCUGGGGAGCCAAAAGCAUCCCCCAAUGCUGACACCACUAUUCUUUUUGUAAAAGGCGAAGAUUUCCCAGCCAAUGACAUUGUAAAGUUCUUGGUGGGCUUCACCAACAAGGGGCCAGAAAACUUCAUUGUUGAGUCACUGGAUGCCUCAUUCAGAUACCCUCAAGACUACCAGUUCUAUAUUCAGAAUUUUACAGCUCUGCCUUUAAACACUGUUGUCCCCCCACAAAAACAGGCUACAUUUGAAUAUUCAUUUAUUCCUGCUGAGCCCAUGGGAGGACGCCCUUUUGGACUUGUCAUCAAUUUGAACUAUAAAGAUGCAAAUGGAAAUGCUUUCCAAGAUGCUGUCUUUAAUCAGACUGUUACUAUUACUGAGAAGGAGGAUGGUCUGGAUGGGGAAACGAUAUUCAUGUACCUGUUCCUUGGUGGGCUCGGAUUGCUUGUGAUUGUUGGUUUGCAUCAGCUGCUGGAAUCCAGAAAGAGAAAGAGACCAGCUCAAAAAGUGGAGAUGGGCACUUCAAACCAAAAUGAUGUGGAUAUGAGUUGGAUUCCCCCUGAGACUUUGAGCCAGAUCAUGCAAAGUAGACGAGAUAAGGCUUCUCCAAGAAGGUCUCCUCGCAAACGAGGCCCCAAAAGACCGGCAGGAUCUGAUGAAUAAAAAGACUUUUUGCUCUGCAAUUUAUUUUGUCCACUAAUUUUGCUCUCCUGCUACCCAAGACGGUUACCACACUAAAUCAAUGCUGGCAUCACCGAGUAGGAAGGGCGGCUAGUCCAUGAAAGAUAUUGACCCAUUGAAUUCAAUUUUCUUCUCUCAAUGAUUGUACAUGUUUCUUUCCCACGGUCGGUCGAAUCCCUGAUUAAAGCAUCAUCUGAAUGUUAGAGUGAAAAAGCCAGCGUCUGUAUGUGUGCAGCUCAGUUGGCAGAAUGGGGUUGUUUUUUGCAUACCCUCUUUGCAUCUUUCUUCUAUAUGCACAGAAACUCGAAAUGACUGAUUCAUGUCUAUAGAUAAAUCUGGGAUUUCUCGACAUGGUUGGGCUAAAUUGUGUUUCGUCAAAGAUUUUCGCUUGCAUCUCCAUGUCUGGGAUUCCAGCAGUUCAAUGUGACAGAUUACUUGUUUAUUGGAGCCUUUGUGCUGGUCAUCAUUUUUACUGCCAGGGGAGUGAUGCUAAAGUUUGGCUGCAGCACAUGAACACAUCGGCCAGUGCUUCAUAAAGCGCCAUGAGGCUAAGCCAUUAUCAUAGCGGCCAAACUUUUGAUUUCAGACCUAUUUAUGCCAAACUUUUCUCUGAUGUUUGUAAUACAGGGGGCAGGAGGGGGCUGAGAACAUAAUUUGCUGUACAGAAUUUGUGCAGAGUUGUAAAGGUAAAAUGCAUUGCAUUUUGGAAAUAACGCAAUGCACAAGUAAUUCAGAAAGCCCUUGAAGAAAAUUGGGAAGGUUUUUUUUUUUUUUUUUUUUUUUUUUUUUUCUUGUUUUGAUUUAUUUUUGGGGGAAUUUUUUUUUUUAAUGGAGGAAUUGGCUUGAACAUUGUUUGCCUAUGUGUACAAAAGAAUAAAUUCUUCAAUAAAUAUCAAAGCUUCAUGUUUUUGUAAGAC